AUGUAAUAAAAAAUUAUAUAAAGACUCCAUGGUUAAGCACAAAAUUAUGCUUGGGGAAUGUUGUCAUCCAACCCAGAUUGUCUGGUGUACAAGUUGACUCAAAAGACAUCUAAUGAAGCAAGACCGUUUGCUGAGUUUUGGAUGGGCAGUCAUCCAUCAUUACCAUCAUUGUAUGAGAAUGGAGAAAAGGUUAAUUUAGAUCUCCCGUAUCUCUUUAAAGUGUUGUCUGUUGAUUAACCACUCUCCAUUCAAAUACAUCCCAAUAAGGAGUAAGCUAAGAUUCUGCAUGCAACAAAACCAAAUCUAUAUCCUGAUGAUAAUCACAAACCAGAGAUGGCUAUUGCCUUAACCAAUUUCGAAGCCUUGGUAGGCUUUGCUGAUAAAUAAACCAUAAUUCACAACAUCGACAGAAAUCCUCAAAUAAUAUAGAAAAUUGGUGAAAAUCUGUGGAACCAAUUUUUGGCUGCACAAAAUUAAUAGGCUCAGGACAUUUUGAGAUAAAUAGUAGCCAUAUUUUUAUCAUUGACUCAAGACGAAGUGAAACAGAUCUUAGACGACUUCUAAUGGCCAAUUAAAUGCAAUCCAAGUUUGGACCCAGGUUCGAAAAUUGAAAAAUAUGAUGUUGGUUAUUUAUUUCUCCUGUUGAUGAACCAUCUCAUAUUGUAACCUGGUUAGGCAGUAGUAUUGGAGGCUGGAUUGAUUCAUGCAUAUUUAAAAGGGAAUAUCAUUGAAACAAUGGCAAAUUCUGAUAAUGUUGUUAGAUGUGGAUUCACUCCUAAAUAGAAAGAUGUGGAAACAAUGAAAGAGAUUCUAAUCUGUGAGAUGAAAUAGCCCAACUAUGUUGAACCAAUUGUCGAGGAGUCUAAUGAAUAUACAUUCAAACAAUACUUAACCAAGUAUUAGGAAUUUGCUUGUGAUUGUUUGGAAUUGAAGCCUCAAGAGAAAUCAAAAGGAUUUAAAUUAAAAUAGCAUUCUAUUUUGUUGUGCCUCUAAGGACUUGGUAAAUUAAUUAAUGAGGAGGGACAAUAUGAUCUUGGAUUCGGAUAGACUUAUUUAAUCAAUAAAGAAAUCGAAGUCCAUUUUCAAGUAGAUUAACACUUAUAAUUGUAUGUUUGUUAUUCGGAAUGA